AUGGCCACAGCCUUGGAGACCCCAGUUCAGUCUCCAGCAGAGCAGGAGGGGCUCCUAAUAGUGAAAUUAGAAGAAGAUUCCUCUUGGAAACAAGAAUCUGCUUUGUGGGGAGAUGAACUUGAUCUUGAGAUCUCUCGUCAGCGCUUCCGGCAGUUUCAGUAUCAGGAGGUGUCUGGACCCCAUCAAGCUUUUAGUCAACUCUGGGAGCUUUGUUGUCGGUGGCUGAGGCCAGAGGUGCGUAUGAAAGAGCAGAUCCUGGAGCUGCUGGUGCUGGAGCAAUUCCUGAAUAUCUUACCCAGAGAGAUCCAAAGCUGGGUUCGAGAGCAUCGUCCAGAGAGUGGUGAGGAGGCUGUAGCUUUGGUGGAGGAUUGGCAGAUAAAUCCUAAGAAACCAGGACAGCAGAUUACUGCCAAUGCACAUGGACAGGAAGGGGCCUCAAAGGAGUCUAGGCCUUCAGGAGCCAUGAAGGAUUUGGAGAUAGAGCCCACAGACUGCCAGUCUAAGGGACCAUCCCAGAAACAGCUGCUACAGAAUCCCUGCCCAGGACAGCACCAGCUUAAGGAGGAAUCACGGCCUCUUAAAGAGAAUGGUGUUCCAGUUUUGAAACCUAGCAGGAUCUCCUGGCCAGAGCAAGGAAGAGAGCCAUGUAUACCAAACCUUCUGGACUCUGGAAAAAGAGAGAACCCUGGAGAUCAUAGUUAUGAAGAACAAGUGAGACUAGGGCAGACAUCCUCCAGGAAGGAAGUAAAAUCCUGGGCAGAACAGGAACAGUGGGAUGUGGAAGACAUGAGGGUCACAGGGGUACACUGGAGCUAUGAGGAAACAAAGACUUUCCUUGCAAUACUUGGCGAGUCUCCAUUUUCUGAAAAACUCCGGACCUGUCAUCAAAACCGCCCUGUGUACCGGGCCAUUUCUGAGCGAUUGCGAGAGCGGGGUUUCCUGCGAACCCUGGAACAAUGCCGAUAUAGGAUCAAAAACCUUUUACGAAAUUAUAGGAAAGCCAAGAGCAGUCAUCCCCCUGGGACUUGCCCUUUCUAUGAGGAGUUGGACACUCUGGUGAAGGCUCGGGCUGCUGUCAGAGCUGCAGACAUCUCAGAGGAGGGUGCUGGUCUCCCCAGGUUGGGGGAUAGUGAUGCUGAGACAGAAGAGCAGGAAGAAGGGAACUGGGAACACGAGGCAGCUACAGAGGCCAUGACAGCUGAAGAUUGUAAUGGGGAUAAGGUGGUCAUUGAAGAACCAAUACAGGGACCCAAGAUGUCUGGUGGCCCAACCUUUUUCCAAAGUCGCAUUGCAGGUGUGCACUGGGGCUAUGAAGAAACCAAGAUUUUCCUUGCCAUUCUUGGUGAGUCUCCAUUCUCCAAAAAACUUCAGACCUGUCACCAGAACAGCCAAGUGUAUCGUGCCAUUGCUGAGCGGUUGCGCCAACGGGGUUUCCUCCGAACACUAGAACAAUGUCGCUACAGGUUCAAAAACCUCCUACGAAGUUACCGGAAAGCUAAGAGCAGCCAACCUCCAGGGGUUUGCCCUUUCUAUGAAGAGCUGGAUACUCUCAUGCGUGCACGAGCACUUCUCAGAAGUGCCCGCUUCCCAGAAAGGCCAGGGAUGAGAGAUGCUGAAGAACACAACCAAGAGGCCUGGAGACAAGAAGAAGAGGAAGCAGCCAAAGAAGACAGAGGCAGUGAUUUACAUUCCUCUUCUUCCUUUUCAGGUUUGGACAUGAAGUCUGAGAAUGAAGAACAGAAUUCAAAACAAGAAGUUUCUGAGGAGCCACACAAGGCAUUGUCAAAACAUUUUGAAGAAGAUGGUGGCCAGACUGUUUGGGAAAAAGACUGUGAGGAUGAAUAUGAAUCAGGAAGACAAUGUGAAAGUCCUUCAGAGGAACAGUGGGAGAAAUGUGGUUCUGAAGAGGAUUUAGAAAAAUUAAUAGAUCAUCAGGGACUGUACCUAGCAGAAAAACCCUAUAAAUGCAAUACAUGUGUGAAAAGUUUCAGCCGGAGUUCUCAUUUUAUUGCACAUCAGCGGAUCCACACAGGUGAAAAACCCUACAAAUGCCUUGAAUGUGGGAAAAGCUUCAGUGACCGUUCUAACCUCAAUACUCAUCAGAGAAUCCAUACUGGAGAGAAACCUUACAAAUGUCUUGAAUGUGGAAAAAGCUUUAGUGAUCAUUCAAACCUAGUCACCCAUCAGAGAAUCCACACAGGAGAAAAACCCUAUAAAUGUAGCGAGUGUUGGAAAAGCUUCAACCAGAGUUCAAAUCUUAUUAAACAUCAGAGAAUCCAUAUGGGAGGAAAUACUGACAGAUAUGAGCAUGGGGAAAGCUUUGCUAACAAUCCAUCUUUGAAGGCACACUUGAAAAAUCAUGCUGGGGAGAAGAUUUCUGAGCAGCUUGAAGGAGAAAACAAUUUCAGUAUGAGCUUAACUUGUCCUGGAUCCCAAAGAGCUGACUCUGGAGAAAAACCCUUUGAAUGUCAUGAAUGUGGAAGAAGCUUCAGUAAGAGCUCAGCCCUUACUAGUCACCAAAGAAUCCAUACAGGGGAGAAACCUUAUGAAUGUGCAGAAUGUGGAAAAAGCUUCAGUAAAAGCUCAACACUUACUAACCAUCAAAGAGUCCACACAGGUGAAAAACCAUAUAAAUGUGUUGAUUGUGGGAAAUGCUUCAGUGAACGUUCAAAGCUCAUCACUCAUCAAAGAGUUCACACAGGAGAGAAGCCCUAUAAAUGUCUAGAGUGUGGAAAAAACUUUCGUGACCGUUCAAACCUUAUUACUCACCACAGAAUUCACACAGGAGAGAAACCAUAUAGGUGUGGUGAAUGUGGGAAAUGUUUCAACCAGAGCUCAAGCCUUAUUAUACACCAGAGAAUCCAUACCGGAGAGAAACCCUACAAAUGUACUGAGUGUGGAAAAGACUUCAACAACAGUUCACACUUCAGUGCCCACCGGAGAACACACACUGGACAUAAAGCUAUGUAGGACAGAAAAAAACAAAUGUUGAUUUAAAUUUUCUAGCAUCAUAUGAUAUAUUUGCUAGAAAAGUAUUUUUUUUAAGUUUUAGGCUCAGUUCAUCCUAGGAAAGCAAUACUGGUGUAAAGCCAAGCAGCUUGGACACGAAUUUUAAAAUCCUGAAGAGUUGAAUAUUAAAACAUUUCACAAAAACAAUUUUCUUUUGUGUUGGCAAAAAAACUCUCACAAACACAUAGUACUUUGGCCAGCCUCACCCUGGCUAAUGAAAAAUAUUGUAGCUAAACAAGUAACUUCAUAAGUGCAGAUGUGAAUUAUAGUUCUAAUAUAGACAAGCCAUUAAUUAGCAUGGAAUCUUUCUCUCUCAUUUCAGGAUUCAUGUAUAGAACUGAAGCAAUAAAAAAAAUUACCACCUCAUAGAUUUUUGAUUUACAGC